AUGGCAUAUUGUAUCAGGAAGCUUGGUACGUUCUUGGAUUAUCAAGUUCGAUUUAAUCCGCACGUUGUUGAAGCGAUUGCACAUUUUUUGUUAUGUACGAUGAUCACCCAGGAUCCACGUGAUGCGGAUGAUGCCGUAAAGCAACUUAAUGGUUACGAAUUAGAUGGGGCUCGAAUCGCUGUUGAAUGGUCUCGUCGAUCCGGUGGACCAGGAAGUGGUUGUUUUUUAUGUGGUGGUCAAGGUCAUUGGGCUAGAGAAUGUCCCGAAGCAAGAGAGAAAGGUAUGGACGUUAGAAGUGGUCGAUGUUUUAGAUGUGGUGAAUUAGGUCAUUUAGCAAAAUAUUGCAGUAGUUAUUAUGAUGAUUACGAUCGUUACCGUCGAAUGUCUAGAUCACCACCUGGAUCUUAUGGUGGACCUCAAAGCCAAAGUCAAAGACGUUCUAGAUCUCCUCCUGCCUAUAGACGAAGUCCAAGUCCUUACACAUAUGAUUAUCGAAGAAGUCCAAGUCCUUCUUACGGGAAUUUAGGGCAUGGGGCAUCGAGAGAUAUGAGAUGUGUGUGCUUGCUUGACUUGAUUGAUACUGCUAGUAGCUGA